AUGUUGUUGAUUAGACUGGCUGCAUCAUUACACGAUCGACUAUUAGAUAAUGAUGAAGAUGAUAGUAAUGGUGAUGAAGGCUUGUCAUUCAAAGAAGAAAAGACUGAAUCUGACACUCAAUCACCACAUAGAACACUCAAGCGCAGUUCUGAAUCACCUGGCCCUCUAAAUGCUAAAAAAAUGACACCUAUGUCUGACAGACUUCCCUCUGAAGAAGAUGAGAAAUGGAAUGAUCGCAUUCGUGAAAGAUUUGAUAGCUUGGUAACAUUUGCAUCAUUAGAAUUGGAUAAACGGCGUCGUAAUAGUUCGGAUGCUGCUGCUGCUAAUACCAGUCCUGAUAGUGGUAUAGGUCAUGGUGAUCCACCACCUGCCUUACAGCCACCACCAUCACCAUCACCCCCAUUUUCACCAGCUCCAUUGGAUGGGCCAUAUAGUCCUGUACCUGCUCCUACUGUGACUGCUCCAAACAUACCAUUAAAAUAUCAACGUCACACUAACCAUAAAAAAAAGUCUUUUCGUGAUAAAUAUCGGUCCACUGGGCCAAAAGCAAAAACAUGGGCUGCCAAAUGGAUGGAUGAUGAAAUUCAAAGCACAAGCAAUUUUUUUUAAUGUUCCUUGUUAUUGUAUUUUUCAACAGUACACAUUUUUAUUGAAGAAAAGAAAAUAAAUUAUAAUUAUAAUAAUUAUACUUUUGAUGAAUUUAUUUUUAAGCAAUAUUUUACUGCCUUUAGUUUGAUUUGUUUACCGAUUGUUUUACUAUCAUUAACUAUUAUUUAUUAUUUUAUUAUUUAUUCUUUCUUUUUUUUUUUUCGUUAUCCUAUUUACUGAUUUUAGAAUAAUAAUUAAUCAAAUAAAUAAUCUGUUCACAAUAAAUAUUCUGAAUAGAAAUUAAGUACUUAACAUUGUAAAUAAUUACUUUAAAAAUGUGUACAGUAAGUAAAAUAUAAAUUAGGCAUCCCAAAUACCAUAGAAAUAAUGUGUUCUUUAUUGUUUAUUUUUAAUUUUUUUUUUUAAAAUUGUUAUUAGUAUAGGUACCUAUAAAUAUUUUUUUUUUUUUGUCAAAAUCUGUGUCUCCUCUGUUUUAUCAUUUGUUUUUUUUUUUUGACGAUAUAGCUCAUCACUGCCUUUUUAUAGAGGCCCCCAUAUUUAUAAAUAUGUACCUAUAAUAGUUCUAUAAAUUAAUAAUUAGUAUAACAAUUUUUUUUAAAAAAAUGGGGGAACUUAGACUUUUUUCAAAUAUCUUUUUAUAAUCAAUUUUUCAAACUGCCACUCGUUAAAAGUGUUCAAAUUUAAAUUGUAAACCAUUUCUUUUUUUUUUUUUGUAUUGCAAUUUGCAUAAUUUUUUGUUCCUAAGUUAUUAUAAAGUUCUCCAAUUUUGUACAGAAUAUUUUAGUGGACUUUUUGACAGAUGUUAUUUAUUUCUUUUUAUAAUAUUAUUAAGAACAUUGUACUGUUUGUACAAAAUUAUGUUACGUACUAAUAAAGUAUUGUAAAUACAUGUUAAAUAUAUUGUUUUGAUGGUACAUAUUUUUGUUUUUUUAAUUAAUUGUACUAUUACAUAAUUUAUACAUAUUCCUUGAAUAAAUGUAUUAUUUGUAUAUUCCUAUAAGUGAAAAUAAACUCUUAAUGCAUUCUUAA